GCCAGUGUACAAAUUCCACCACAUCAGUUGAAUAUAGAAGUGAUGCUGUUGUUGACGGCCGGUCAAUUACUUUUUGGGCGGAUAUGAGCGUUUAAUUGCACAUAGAAAGUAUAUAAAGAGAAAAAGUAAAGUCAACAAGCGCCGAGACGCAGCCAUGAGGUGUUUGUGCUUCAUCAUUUUGGUGGUAGGAUGUGCUCUCGCUGAGAUCGAUCCAGAGUCCAAGCCAGAAUCUGAAGCGAUUCUGUACAACUACCCGAUCAGAAUAAAUGCGCCAAGAACGUUGGGACAGUCCCCGGUACCACCAACUAAACCAACGUCUGAUGCAAGCGAUGCAAAAGAUAAUAAUGAAAGCAAAUCCUCCGAAAAUGAAGGAAGAGUUUUUCUCACGAAGAAGCUCCUUCUUCUAAAAAAAUUCUUCGCGGGUGGAGGUACCCCUCAAAUCAUUACCAUUGACAAACCGAUACCAAUCCCUAUCCCAAUUCCGCAGCCACCGCCUGUGAUUGUUACAAAUACUCCAGGAACAACGGGUACAACGACCACCACCAAUACCAACACGGGCACAGGAACUAAUACGAAUACGGGUACGAAUACAGGUACAGGUACCGCCACUGGGACUGGAACGGGCACGGCUACUGGCACGGGUACUGGUACCGGAACAGGAGGCGGAACCGGUACCGGAACAGGAGGUGGAACCGGUGGUGGAACUGGUGGUGGAACCGGUGGGACUGGGGGAACAGGGGGAACUGGACGCAAAGAGAAAGAAGAAGAAGCUGAAGAUCAAAAUAGGGUCGGCUUGCGAAGAUAUAAUCGUUAUGACGAUAGUGAAGAUGAGGAUGAUGAUUUAGAAGACGACGAGGACAACGACAUCGAUGAUGACAAAGAAGUCAAUGAAGAUGAUGAAGAUGACGAAGAUGAUGAAGGUGACAUUGACGAAGAUGAUGAAAUAGAGGCAGAAAUUAUCAUCCGAGACAAACCUGUGGGACGAGAUGCCUCCCAAAACAUAUACAUCGGUCGACAAAACCGGCCCCUUCGCCCUGUACGACGUCGUCGCCCGAUUGCGGUAAAUGGAAACCGAAUAAACGUAAACCGGCGUAGAGGAAACGUCCCUGCAUAUUACAAUGACUACUUCCCGGAAAAUCAACAAGCAAUAAAAAGGAGACGGCAGCAAAAUCAACUUGCCCAAAAUCAGGUUGCUGCUGCCGCUCAAGGAAACGCCGCUGCUCAGCAGACUCCUCAAGGACAAGUGGGGGGAAUAGCCCAAGGCAUAAGUCAAGUUCUAGGAUUAGGGCAAGGUCUCGGUCAGCUCGCGGCAGGAGCUGCUAAUGCUGCUGGUGCUAAUGGAAACCAACCAGUUAUACCUGCUGGUCAAGGCGUGGGCCAAGGACAAGUAAAUAAACGUAGACGACCACAAGGUCAACGACGUCAACAAGGUCAACGACGACCACAAAGGCGACGAAGAAGACCUCAGAGGCGAUAUGUUGGCACAAAUAAUGGAAAUUUAAGCUUCAAAAAGGGCAAUCCGAAUCGUCGACGUAGAUUCCAGUUGAGCCCUGGAGGAAAUGGUCAGCGGCUUCCACCACUCCCACCUCUCGAUUAAGUUGGAACGGGCUUGUUGUGCAGAUUGUCAGAUGAUUCCUUUGAUGUAUGAUUAUAGAAAAUAA